GAUCCAUUUAUCGGCCGACGCAAUUUGAUUGCGACCGACCAGAUCACAAUCGCAGCUUUGAAGACACCAUUCUGGCCUUUUUUUUUUUCUUCUCCCUUCUUUAUUUCACAUCUACACAUUUCUCCAGUGUCCGCACAACCCAUUCGAUAAAGGUUGCCACACCCCUCUGCUUAGACAACGCAGUUCUUCUUCUUCUUCUUCCCAAUUAUAUCCGUAUUUUGUAAUUUAUUUGCAUCAUAUCAACCGCAAAAAUGGCAGGCCUAAGCCCUCAAGUCACCAACAUCAUCAUCAUUCUCGGAAUGAUGCAGGUGUCAAAGCGAAUUCCCUUCGACGACCCUGAUGUUCUAAACAUGGUUCGCGCACUUUACGUUGCCAGCAAUGUUAUCAUCGCUGGUAUCUACAUCUAUGUCCAGCUACAGAUCAACAAGAAGAAGGAUCUGACCACACUAAAAUAUGUUGAGCCGGCACCAAUGGGAUCUUCGGAAGAGGGCAAACUCGUCACGACCACCGUUCACGCCUACGACUCGCAACAAAUCAAGAACUCGUUCCGAUCGCAAUUCAUGGGUAUUGCCAUGAUGAGCUUCAUGCAUCUAUACAUGAAAUACACCAACCCUCUGUUGAUCCAGUCCAUUAUUCCCUUCAAGGGCGCCCUCGAGUCCAACUUGGUCAAGAUCCACCUUUUCGGCAAGCCCGCGAGUGGAGACCUGAAGCGGCCCUUCAAGCAGCCUGCCGGACUUAUGAGCGGGCUCCAGAGUGGCCCUGCGCAGAGCGACAAGAAGGCUGUCGAGGCUGCUGAGCGUGCUGGUCGGGGUGGUGUUAAGGAUGAGUAAACGUGUUAUGAGAACUGUUGAUCCACUUACAUACAUGAAUUUGGGAGAGGGUCUUGGAGACACUUGAUAGGGCUAUAGGGCUGACCUUUGUAUUUUUGAUCACCCCACACCCCGUCAUUUGUUGUAGACAUAAUAAUAUUAUUGCCACAUAGCGACAGCGAGCAUGGCGAAUUUUGCGCUAAUUCCGCAUGCGGAAGUGUACUAUGUACUUACCACUCACCUUGAGUCUUGCCUGUGACGCCUACAGUGUUUCGCCUCUAGUAUCCCCAUGUGAAUCGAUUCGAC